GUAGAAAGAAAACGAAUUUGAGAUUGGUCAUAGAAAUCGCAGCCACGCCAAUAUUUUUCAUAUUAUCAUUGUCAUUACUAUUAUUAUUAUAUUUAUUUUAUCUUUUUAAAGCUCCUAAAAGAGCUCUUCCUUCUCCUUCGCUUUCUCCUUAUUAACACAACUGUGUCUGCCUUCAUAAAAGUCAAAACAGAGCGUUCAGUGCUUUUGAUACUUCUUCUGUCCUUCCAGAUCUUGCUAACCGUUCAAUUCUCCUGCUUCUCCUUCACUCAGAUUUUUGUUGGGUGUUCCUGAUAUCCAGGACGGAAGUAAAGGCAGAAGGAGGAUUUUCAUCUUAGCCACCUGAACUUUUGGUGUUGAAUUUGGUUGGUGAUAAAUUGUUGAAGUGGGUGAAUUGGAGGAUUGUGGAGGAGGAAGUGUUGAGCUUGAUUUUGGGAUUCAAAAAGGUUGGAAGUGGUUUUGGUGAUUGUUGUUUGUUGAAGUGGGGUUUUUCAAUGGCUGUAGAGGAGUCUGAGUCUGUGAUUGGAGAGCUAGAAAGAGAGGAGAACUUGAUUGCUGCAGUAAGGCAUAUUGUGAAGGCACUAGGGCCGAAUAAGACCCUUACCAGUGAUGCCAAGAAAAUUCUGGCAGAUCUUGGGACCAGAUUGUCUUCCAUGUCCGUACCUAGUGAGAAGGAGGAGGGUAAACAAGGCCAAGGAGGGCAGGGCCGCGAUGAUCAUGAUGGUGGUGCUGAUGAUGAUGAUGAGGAGGAGGAGGAUGAUGAUGAUGAGGGUCUUAAUGCUAUUGAAGAAAGACUUAAUGUGAUUCAGGAGAAAAUUAUGAGAUGGGAGGAGGAUCAGUCCAUGAUUUGGGAUUUGGGAACUGAAGAAGCAUCUGAGUAUCUGAAUGCUGCUAACGAGGCCCGCAGGUUGAUUGAGAAGUUGGAAAGUUUGCAUUUGAGGAAAGAGGAUCAAGAGUACGAGUUUCUGCAGAGGGCUUAUAGUGUUCUUCAAACUGCUAUGGCACGCCUUGAAGAAGAAUUCAGUAACUUGCUUAUCCAGAACAGGCAACCUUUUGAGCCUGAAUAUGUCUCUUUUCGUUCCAGUGAGGAAGAUGUUGUUGAUGAGAACUCCAUAAUCUCUAUAGGUGAUGAAUCAGUUGAGGAAUCACUUCAAAGAGAUAGUGUCAGCAGAGCGUCUGAGGAGCAUAUCAUUGAUUUGGUUCAUCCAGCCGUGAUCCCGGAUCUCAGGUGUAUUGCAAACUUACUUUUUGCUUCAAAUUAUUGCCAGGAAUGUUCCAAUGCUUAUAUCAUUGUCCGGAGGGAUGCCCUAGAUGAGUGCCUCUUCAUUCUUGAAAUGGAAAGGCUCAGCAUCGAGGACGUCCUGAAAAUGGAAUGGGGUACUCUGAAUUCCAAAAUCAAAAGAUGGAUUUGGGCUGUCAAAAUCUUUGUUAGGGUGUAUCUUGCAAGUGAGAGGUGGCUCAGUGACCAGAUUUUUGGGGAGGGUGAGCCUGUCAGUCUAUCUUGUUUUGUUGAUGCAUCUAAGGCUUCCAUAUUGCAACUUCUGAAUUUCGGUGAAGCCAUGUCCAUUGGCCCUCACCAACCUGAGAAACUGUUCCGUGUUCUUGACAUGUACGAGGUUCUGCAAGACCUUAUGCCAGACAUUGAUGCUUUGUAUACAGAUGAGGUUGGUUCCUCGGUUAAAAUUGAAUGUCAUGAAGUUCUGAAGAGACUGGGCGAUUGUGUGAGGGCAACAUUUUUUGAAUUUGAAAAUGCCAUUGCAACAAAUGCAUCAUCAACCCCUUUUGUUGGUGGUGGCAUACAUCCUUUAACCAAAUAUGUUAUGAAUUAUCUCAGAACCCUUACAGACUACAGUGACAUACUCAAUCUACUUCUUAAGGACCAGGAAGAGGAAGAAUCCAUUUCGCUGUCACCUGACAUGAGCCCUGGUACAGAAGAAGAUAGCAAAAGUCAGGGGUCUCCACGUAGAGUUUCCUCAAUGGCCCUUCGAUUCCGAUCACUCGCAUCUAUCUUGGAAAGCAACCUUGAGGAGAAGUCUAAGUUAUACAAAGAAGUCUCCUUGCAGCACUUGUUCUUGAUGAACAACCUGCAUUAUAUGGCUGAAAAGGUCAAGGGGUCUGAACUCAGGCUGGUGUUUGGAGAUGAAUGGAUUCGAAAGCGCAAUUGGAAGUUUCAGCAGCAUGCAAUGAAAUAUGAGAGGGCUAGUUGGAGUUCUAUUCUUCUCUUACUAAAGGAUGAAGGGAUUCUUGUUCCCGGUACAAAUUCGGUCUCAAAAAGUCUUCUUAAAGAGAGGCUACGAAGCUUCUACCUUGGUUUUGAGGAUGUUUACAGGAUCCAGACAGCUUGGCUUAUCCCAGAUAUUCAGCUUCGCGAAGAUUUACGGAUUUCUAUAUCACUCAAAGUAAUCCAAGCUUAUAGAACUUUUGUUGGAAGGCAUAACAGUCACAUAAGUGACAAAAUCAUUAAGUACAGUGCUGAUGAUUUAGAAAACUACCUUUUGGAUUUCUUUGAAGGAUCUCAAAAGUGGUUGCAAAAUCCUCAUAGAAGGUAGUGAUAGCAGAUAGGCAAGAAUAAUCCUGUUCUCUUUUACAGGCUUGUAUGUGUUCAUAAACAGGUUAGGGUCCAUGUCAAAACCUUAUUGUCCCACUUAGUGUGUAUUAUAUUUAAUGACUGUAAGAGUUUCAUCUGCCAUUUUGCAAUGUAUUAUUCUUUUGAUUUACUUAAAUUUGAUUUGAUUCCAAAA